AUGAUACGUGCAGGCGCACCCGCGGCCACCACUGUGGUGCGCGGCUUUCAGACAUCGGCCGGCUCGGGAGACGACGACUCCGACCAUGGGCAGAGGACACCGCGACUCAUCGCAGCCGACAAGGCCACCACCCCGGUCCUGCGUGGCCGCCGCUCCAAGAAUCCCAUGAUCGACGACGUAGUCAGCGCCAACUGCAGCCCGUCCCUGCGCCCGGUGGCUUCUCCCGCUAUGAGCGGCAUCAGCCUCCUGCGGUCCCAGCACGUCGACUCCUUCAACCUCGACAGCCCGAGCACCUCUCGCGCGAGCUCUGUGACCCGCAGCAGCAGCCUUCCCAGGGUCGGAUCGCCCCUGGCCCCGCCGCGCCGCGCACGUGGGUUGCGAACCGGGGCAGCGAACAGCAGCGACGGAAGUGGAGACGAGGCAGCCUCGGAGAUCUCGACCUCGUACGAGAUCAACCUGGAGAACGACUUCAUCAGUGCGAGCGCCCCCGACCAGGGCUUUGCCGCGGGCAGCCCUAUGCUUUUCGAGGCCAUCCAUGGCGACCUCUCGAGCGCGCCCGUCAAGAAGACGGCUGAUGACUUCGAACCACUGCGAUGUCUCGGCAAGGGAUCCUACGGCACCGUCAUCCUGGUCAAGCAGCGCACCACCGGCAGGCUAUAUGCGCAGAAGCAGUUCAAGAAGGCCUCGCUCGUUGUGCACAAGAAGCUCGUCGAGCAGACCAAGACGGAGCGCCAGAUCCUCGAGUCCGUCAACAAGCACCCGUUCGUCGUGAAGCUCUACUACGCAUUCCAGGACAGGGAGAAGCUGUACCUCAUCCUCGAGUACGGCCAGGGCGGCGAGCUCUUCACUCAUCUCGCCGAGGAGCGCAUGUUCCCCGAGCCGACCGCAGCCUUCUACCUGGCCGAGAUGGUGCUGGCCCUCUCCCACCUGCACGACGAGCUCGGUGUCGUCUACCGCGACCUCAAGCCGGAGAACAUCCUUCUAGACGCGGAAGGCCACCUGCUUCUCACCGACUUCGGCCUCUCCAAGGUCGCCACCGACGACGCCACCUGCAGCUCCAUGCUGGGCACGGUCGAGUACAUGGCGCCCGAGGUGAUCAGGGGCGAGAAGUACGGCAAGGCCGUCGACUGGUGGUCACUGGGCGCGCUCGCCUACGACCUCAUGACGGGAAGCCCCCCGUUCCGCGGCAACAACAACCACAAGAUCCAGCAGAACAUCCUCAAGCAGAAGCUGAUCAUGCCCUACUUCCUCAGCCCGGACGCCAAGGACCUGCUGAACCGCCUGCUCAGGAAGGAGCCGGGCAAGCGCCUGGGGAGCCACAUGCCCAAGGACCUGGCCAUCAUCAAGGGCCACCGGUUCUUCCGCAAGAUCGACUGGAAGAAGCUGGCCGCCCGCGAGGUCGAGCCGCCCAUCCAGCCCAUGAUCACCGACCCGGAGCUCGCGGAGAACUUCUCCGCCGAGUUCACGGAGCUGAGCCUCAGCCCGCGCACCUCCAUGAUGGAGCCGUUCAGCCCCGCGGUGCCCAACUCGGAGGAGAACCCGUUUGGGAACUUUAGCUUUACGGCGAGCCACAGCCUGCUCAACUCUCAUGGGUUUGCGUGCCUUCAGAAAGCCUGA